AUGCAGCAGCCCAUCGAACUCGACGAGGACCAUGCCCUCCGCGAGCUCGAGCUCAAGUGGUCCUUCCAAAAGGGACUGGAUUCCUCGCCUCUGUGUUUGCUGCGUCUAAGGACCCGAUUGCCUAGCAGGCGCACUUCGACAGCUGCCUUGCAAAGGCACAGCAAUGGCAGGCCCGGCCCGCCCCCGGAGAAGCACGACGACAAGAUGCUCAAGUCGCAGGGCCUAGCCCAACAAAGACCGAACAGCACUAUUCGAACUGAUGUUCGCCCCCUCCUGAUGACGACUUGUACAACACAGUACAUGGAGCAGAUCUCCUCCCCCCCGAAAGAUUGGCCGACGACGACCCAGCCGGACCGAAUGACCUGGCAUGAGUGCGCGUUGGGAAUGGCGAACCUAUGGCACAGCGCUAACUUGAAUGCCAAGGGCUGGCUAGAAGGAGUGACCGUGAGUGCAGCUCGCCUAGGGUCAUGGUCGAUGGACUGCACGAUCAACGGCAGGGUGUUGUCGAAGAACAGUGUCUACUAUGACAGGGAGGCCGAGGUAUCCUCCAGCAAGUCCACCGAUGCUGGCACGUCCACCGAGGCGUCCUCAAGCACCUAG